CUUUAGUGAUGUCCAAUAGAGAGAGGAGGAAACACAACACUGUAGACAGCUUGCGCUCCGCUGGCCUGAAACGCCAUCUUAAACAGAAAGGGGGUUUAAACAGGGAGAGAGCAGGAAAGAGGAAAUAACUCUCUAAUUGUCUUGUUUUUCGUCGCCGGGUCGCUCUGGAGCUGUAUUUAUUAGUCAUGGCUUUGGGCGUUUACACCUCAAAAUAACGGCGUGAGGAAACCAGCACGGCACUUGUUAGCCUCUCGUCAGCUAGCAAGGGGGAGGGGUGGUGGUGGAGGGUUUCUGGAUCCUUUUUUUUCGCAGCAGAACUUGUUUGUUUAUGUUAUUCCAAACGGACAUGUCCUCUUCAAACCCAGAGUUACCAGACCCAAAUCUGGGUAUGGGGGCAAGUGGGACCCAAGGGAGUGGAGGGGCUGUUGUACCAAAAGGGAACAACAAAAGAAGAGCUGCGCCGGCCUUUGACGAUGAUGAUGAUGACGAUGAAGGGAGCAAGCUCUUCAGGUGUGAUGAUGACACAGGAGGCUCCAACAAUGAUAAAGAGCGCUUUGCAAGGAAAAAGUGGAUGAUGAAAGGAGUGACAAAGAUGAAACAGAUGAAACAGAAGAGGAGGAAGAAGAGGAGAAGGGAGUUAAAAAGGACAUAAAGACAAAUGGACCAGUGCAGAACGGUCACACAGUCCACAACAACAACCACAGCAAGACAGAGUGAAAAAAAACUAACGGGUGUCAGGACGCAGGAAUGUGAGAAGGACUCAUAUCCCUCAGCAGGGGUGCAGGAGGGAGGGAUGAAAAGAGGCAAAAGGAUGAAGAAAGAGUGUGGUUGGGGGAGAGGGGCAUGUCAUUCCCUACAACACAGAACAGCAGGUUUUGUUGAUGAAAUGUGACACUGUUACUUCUGCACAUACACGUUCAUACUUACUUUUAGAGGGCACUAAGAUCCAGCAGAUGAUAGACACUAUGUUCAUGUAUCAAUGUCAGUGUGUGAUGCCAGUCCCCAAAUUUCAAAGAGACAGGAGAGGAAAUGGAGAGGAGCAAAGUGAUGGGAGGGAGGGUGGGGGGAGUGAUGCUGCUUCUACUUUAGCUUUCCUUGUUCAGUGUGCCUUAGAGCCAGCUGAUGGCUGUUAAAAUGCCAUGUUAAAGCUUUCUGCUUUGAUGCUGUGUUGUUUAUGUUGUUCCCUUUUUUUGUUUCCUACUAAAAGAACAAAAGAGAAUGAAAGUACGUUUUAUGAAAGUGAGACAAUGGGGCAUUUAUUUCCCUAAUUUUCUGUCUAUGCAAUUUCGUAAAUGUCAGCUAUUGCACCGCAUUUGCACAAACAAACUGUCUCUUAUACUGUGCAGUAGGACUGUGUGCCUCUGCUCUCCAAUGACACCUGUGCCAUUGAUGAAAAAAAACUGCCUUGUGAGGUUUCGGAAGUAAAUUUGGUGUCACUUUUGUAGAUACACUGCAAGAAAAGUCUUGCUUUUAUUUUAUUUUCUUAAUCUAGCUUCACCUGUUCAGUACAAAUCCUGCUUCCACAAGAGACAUUGUCUAUAAAUCUUUGCUUUUUGAGCAGUCAGGAACAUCCCAAAAUAAAAGUAUCACUGCAAUAGUAAAUCUCAGCUUCCUGCCAGUGUCAGCGGAGCUGAAUGUUUUUCCUCUCUAGUUUGGUUUGAGCUGGUCGAUCCAGUUGAGUCACACUGGCACUGCCUCCCACUGAAAACCGUUGACUCUAUGAUAAAGCCAUGGUGAAGGUGGGUUGUUUGUGGGAAUACAGAAGGUUUUUCUAAAGCAAAUGGAAUGUGACAGAUGAACCACUUCCAGAUUUUACAAACAUGAACCAGAUUUCCCCAAUUCACUGCCUUGUAUCCUGGGUAAUGUUUGUUAACCAGGGCUAGAAUUGAACUUUUGAUCUCAGUGAACGAUUUUAGGUAUGAUUUUGUUUAUGAAACGGGUUUACAGGUAUUCUAUUUGAUGUUAAAGAGGUAAAUGAUGAUGUAAUCCAUUUUUAGCAGUUCAGUGUUUGAGCCUUGAGACUCGGGAAGAGCUCACGAAAUGAGUGUGGCUGUUUUGUCUUCAUGCUUUAAAUCUAUUUGUAUGUUAAGUGCCUUAUCUGUAAUUAUGGGAAGCUCUCUCUCCCUCUCUCAUUCUCUCUUUUUUGAGCCCUUUUGUUUUCCUUCUCUUUUUCUGUCUCCCCUUCACAUCAGACAAUAGUAUCAUCUCCCUCCUUGGUACCAUCCAUCACUCACUUCAUUCUUCGUCUUCAAAAACCAUCUUCUUCCCAAACUCAGCCUCAUUCCACGACCCAUCAUUCUUCACUAACCCAGGCCAACCAGCAACCUCCUCUUCCCCGGUGAUACAGAAGGAACAGCUGUGUCCUAAUUACAGUGUUAUAUUAUUUUUUAUUUUUAUUGUUUAAUAACUAAGUAUUGUUAUGAAUAAUAAAUGCAAAGAUCAUUCACAAUUAAA